CAAGCUCACACUUUAUACUCACCUACAAUCCCUCACCUCCAAUCCCACCUCCGAUCUCUCUCUCUUCAACCUAACUCCACAGCUCUUUACCUUCUCUCCACUUCCCUCUCUCCUGAAUCAUUAGAAUCUAUCAUCUCCAUUCUCUCUAAUUCUUUCCCCACUUCGAUAGGUUCUUUCGGUAUCACUUCCCCAGGUGAAGAGAAUUACAUCAGUUUGGUCAUUUUCAAUGAUGGAAAAGUAUUCUCAAGUGAGUUAUUCGGACCACCCGAAACCAGCGUAGGAAGAGCGCAACGACCUGCAAACUCAGAUCAAUCGGACUUUUCGUCGUCUGGUCUUCGAAGAUCCGCUGGGGAUGGAAUAAGAAAAGCUAGGGAAAGGGGAUGGGAAGAUAUUUGGAGUGGGAAGGUUGAGGAGGAUGAAGAUAUCGAACAAUUACGUGGUGUCAAAGCGAGAAGUUUGAUUUAUCUUUCAGAUUCAUCUCCUUAUCGGACUGCAUCCGCUUUAGGAAACAUGUUCCCUUCUUCUGUUAACGCGGGGUUCAUCACCGCCCCUACUCCAUUCUUAACUGGUCGUCCGCAUACUUUAUUACUCAAUUCUAAACCGGUACAUGCUUCAGCAGUAGGAAUAGCUUUACCUUUUCCUCUUCGAUCACAAGUGGAUUAUGGUCUUAGUGCUUUAAGUGAACAAAUGACCAUAUCUUCAGCAAAAGGGAAUCUUUUACUUCGGAUAAAAGAAGGUAAUGGUAACCCAGCACAAGCUCUGAUUUCCUCUAUCCAAACUCGGUUUGGGGAUCAGGGUUUGAGGAAAGAAGAUGAUUUUUAUCUUUCCAUCAAAGAUCCCUCUGGUGGGAGAAUGGUGAGAAUCCUCAGUGGUGAUCCUUCCCGAGGUACGAUCUCCCUAGACACAUCUCUCUCCCUCAAACCGAAUACAAAAGUAAAAUUCAUGUAUCGACCCAAUCCUCUCUCGUCUAUAUCUCUCCCGACAUCUCAAAAUGAAAUCCACUUUGUCGCUUUGGGGAAAUCGGAGUUUGAUGUCCCUACUAAGAUUGGAAAACCUCGGACGGAGAGUGGAUUUUAUGGAUUGAGCGAAGGAGGGUUUAUG